AUGACCGCAGUAGCCAGCCCUCCGACCUUCCCUCAGAUUUCUCGACCAGCAUGGGGCGCAAUUAGCGGUAGCAACCCCAUGGACCCCGACGAAGUGAGAGGCAUGUUCGCACCGCGAAAGUCUCUCUUGAGAACAAACUCUGCUUCAUCAUUGUCCUCCAACGCAUCAAACACGUCCGUUGCCACAAAUGGUUCACAGUCGAAUGGCACUUCGUUAUCUGCUGCGUCCGAUUUAAGUCAGUGGUCUGCAACGGCUGGUCCUCGAAAGCGACCGCAACCAAAGACGCCUUGGCCACCUAGCAAGCCCGACGUGCAACCGGACUACUCGAGGCUCCCCGCCAACCGACCAAACGGCAUGGCUGCACAUCACAAUGGACCUCAGCCGGGACCAGGCCAAAAUCAAGUGAUGCAGCAGCAACAGAUGAUGCGCGGCCCGAUGGGUGCGGAGCAAUUCCCUCCGGGCCAACCAGUCCUCUACCUACUGUCACUCAACGGCACGUUCGAAAGAAAAACUAUUGCUGUUCCCUUCGCGCCUGACAGCUUAAGAAUUGGCCGGCAGACAAAUCAAAAGACUAUUCCUACUGCUACCAAUGGCUUUUUCGACAGCAAGGUUCUAUCAAGACAGCAUGCCGAAAUAUACGCUGAGCGAAAUGGCAAGAUAUAUAUUCGAGAUGUCAAAUCUUCAAACGGCACAUUUGUCAAUGGCACACGCCUUUCACAGGAAAAUCGUGAAUCAGAGCCUCAUGAACUGCAGACGGCCGAUCAUUUGGAACUCGGCAUUGAUAUCGUGAGCGAGGAUCAAAAGACUGUAGUACAUCACAAAGUUGCAGCAAAGGUCGAGCAUGCCGGAUUUUUGUCCAAUACCAACAAUGUCUUGGACAUGAACUUUGGCGACUUGGACCCGGCCAACGGCACAAUGAUGAUUCCUAAUGGGCCUCUUCAGAUGCGUGGCCGGGCAAAUGGCCACGCCCUGAUGCCUGGCGCUGGUGGUCGAAUGGUGAACGGUGGCAUGAACAACCAAGGAAAUGGGAUGCCACAACAACGGUCCUUCUUCUUGGCACCAAUUGCGACGGAUCAAAUAUUAAAACGGUUAACGUCGGAAAUGAGGAAUGCUCGGCUGCAGGCCCAGGAUCUUAGUCGCACAAACCAGUUCGUGAAUACUCUGCUCACGAAAGAAGAUGUUAAGGAUCUGGAGAAACCUGAAGUGCCCGAACCGACCAAGCAACAGCAGUCACAACCGUCGGUGAACGGUGGCAUUCCCUUCCGGCCUGAUCCCAAGACGCGCUUCUCGGAACCACCCGCACCGCCACCACAACAACCACUGCCUGAGAAGCCAGAUGUGCCCUCACUAAAACGAGGCCCAACCGAGAGACCAAAGUCUGGUCCUACCAAUUCUGCGGCGGCGCGGCAGGAGAAUAUGAGUCAGAUCAUACAGCUUACAGAGGCGUUGAACAAUGCGAAGCGAGACAUUGAUACCCAAACAGCACGGAUGCGAGAACUAGAGGAGAUGCUUCAGAAAGAACGAGAGGCUCGUGAGCUUGCGGAAGAACUUGCGAAACGGCUUGAGGCGUCUGCAAAUCUCCAGAUGAACGGAUCCGUCAUAGCCCCUGCUGAUGUGACGAUGACCGAUAUUUCCGAGUCGGCUCAUGAACUGGAAGCCGAGGAAUUAGGUGAUUCAAGAUCAGCUCCGGAAGAAACAGAGCCACAAAGGGACGACACGUCCGCCAAGGAGGUGGCAGCUUCUCUGCAGUCUCGAAUUGACAACAUGGACGAGCAGAUGAAUGAUAUGCGAAUGCAGAUUGAGCACUGGAAGCACCGAUGUGAGUCAGCAGAGUCUGAGAGGGAUGAGAGCAGGAAAUCGCUGGUCGAAAUGGUUGCCCAGCUUCGUGCAGAGGAAGCCAAGCGAAUUGCUGCCGAAGAGAGACGCCGCUCAAGAUCAAGACCAAAGGCGACCGAGUCCAAGGCAGAUGUGACCGAGCAGGAAGCUCCAGCCAUGGCACCGCCGAAACCAGAAAAGCCCGACAAGGCAAGUUCUACUACCAAUACAUCCAACACAGACACGGAGGAUGGACCAACCCUGUCAAGAGCAAACACAAUCACGCCACUGUCUUCACAAAGAGGAUUUGUAUCACGGGACCAAUCAUUACAGGCCGGGUUGCCGUAUGCGUCCAUGCUAGGCGUGGUGCUCAUUGGAAUGGGUUUAAUGGCAUACAUCAAUGGCUGGCAGUCUCCGCCUCCUCGGAUAGAGCAAUGA